AACGCUGCCGGCAGUGUAUACCAUAUAUAGGUUCAUAUAAAGCUCACUCUCCAGCCCUUUGUUGUUGUUCUCACGCUAACAUGCGAGAUCCGUAGAGCCGACUCCACUGCGCGGUCGCAUUCCGCCCCGACUUCCCCUCUGCCAGCGGCCUGGUGGUUUGAGAUGAGUAGAAGAUGUCGGUUUCGGGGCUGAAGGCCGAACUGAAGUUUUUGGAGUCAAUUUUUGACCCAAAUCACGAACGAUUCAGAAUAAUAGACUGGAAACCCGAUGAACUCAGUUGCCAAUUCAACGUGACGGGAGAGAAGCUGCUGAUCAUUCACUGCAACAUCACGGAAUCCUAUCCCUCAACACCGCCAAUAUGGUUUGUUGACUCUGAUGAUCCUAGUCUGGCUGAAGUGUUGGAGCGUUUAGAGGAUGUGAGAAAAGGCAGCACAUUGCUUCUUCAGCAGCUGAAGCGCCUCAUUUGUGAUCUCUGUCGGCUUUACAACCUGCCACAACAUCCAGAUGUGGAAAUGCUGGACCAGCCUCUCCCCGCUGGCCCGAUUACCCAAGAGCGAAAGCAUGGGCCAUCAGAUGAGGUGACAUCUGAAGAAGAGGAGGAGGAAGAAAUGGGAGAGGACAUUGACCUGGACCAAGACCUGGACCAUUAUGACAUGAAAGAAGAGGAGCCGGCAGAUGGGAAAAAGUCUGAAGAUGACGGGAUCGAAAAAGAAAAUCUGGCCAUCUUGGAGAAAAUCCGUAAAAACCAGAGACAAGAUCAUUUGAAUGGUGCCGUCUCUGGCUCAGUGCAAGCCUCAGACCGCCUAAUGAAGGAACUCAGGGAGAUCUACAGGUCACAGAGUUACAAGACAGGUAUUUAUUCAGUCGAACUAGUCAAUGACAGCCUUUAUGAAUGGCAUGUCAAGUUAAGGACGGUAGACCCAGAUAGUCCAUUACAUAGUGACUUGCAGGUCUUAAAAGAAAAAGAAGGAGUGGAUUACAUUCUGCUCAAUUUCUCUUAUAAAGAUAAUUUUCCUUUUGACCCACCUUUUGUACGGGUUGUCUCACCUGUGCUCUCCGGAGGUUAUGUUCUAGGGGGAGGAGCCUUGUGCAUGGAACUUCUCACAAAACAGGGCUGGAGCAGUGCCUAUUCCAUAGAAUCUGUCAUUAUGCAGAUAAAUGCAACUCUGGUUAAAGGAAAAGCCAGAGUGCAGUUUGGAGCCAAUAAGAACCAGUACAAUCUUGCCAGAGCACAACAGUCAUACAAAUCCCUGGUGCAGAUUCACGAAAAGAAUGGCUGGUACACACCACCUAAAGAGGAUGGAUAAGGAGCUACUACCACUAUGCACUGGGAACAUGUCUUUGGGUCAUCCUGUUUUCUUUGGAAUAUUUUCCCUCUCUGACUUACUGGGAAUUUAUCAUCUUUCUCGCGGAAACCAUCUCGUUGGCUCACCUGACAAGUAUUCCUUCGCCCCGCUCCGGGAAAAGACUUUUAUUCUGGUCUCACUUUGCUUCUCCCCCUCAGUGUUUUAGUGAGGAGGAGGAGGAGGAGGAUGUGAGGGUAUCACUAGUCCUGUUUUCUAAAUAUGCUCAUUUGUCUUUUGAAAAGAAAAAAAAAAGAAAAAAAAAAAAAACUUUUCUCCUUUCAAAUGCGGGGGAAAUGCUCUUUCUUUAGCUGCUUUGACAAAGUGGGCUUCACAGUCACUUAGCCCUCUUUUAAAUGGGUAUUUCAAACCAAGAUUGAUACUGAAGCUCUUAAAGUGGCACCUCAUCACACUUGUUUUUAUUGACUGCAACUUAUUUUGUUUCUCUUUUGUUUUUGUUUUUUUGGAAAUUAACUGGUACAUAAAAGCAAUUAUUGUCUUUAGAAAUAUUAUUUGGCUAUUGUUUUUAUUAUUUGAGCAUCCUAGACAAUAAAUGAGCCAAUUUCACGUUUUGGACACUUAAAAUUAAGGUUACCUACUACUCGGUAUCUUUUAGCGCUUACUUUGUAAAAUGUGUGAAGAAUAUUGGGCCAAGCAGAAUCAAAAUGCUGCGAGGUCAUUGAACUAAGAUCAGCUGUUGUUGUCGAACAAAUCAGCCAGCGGUUCAUGAGAAAACAAGGCCAAUGGAUAUAUCUCCGAAUCUGCAUAUUGUAUAUCUUAGGAAGAGGACAGAAGAUAUAUUUUCACCAGAAGAUGAGUGUUAUGACCUUUUGGAAGUUCUAACAGGCCUAAAUGUUGAAGCUGAAGGGCUCUUUUUGCCUUAUUUCUGUUCAUGGCCCUGCAAGUGCUAUUGUUCUUUCAACUGAUUAUCGCUGUAGAGGUUGAUGGUUAGUUUGAUGCUUGUGCAAAGUUAACAGCAUGUUGUACAGGAGCUUCAUCUCAACCGCUGUUAUAAACAAUAGUUGAUUGCAGUCACUUUGUUGAGCAGAACUGCUGGGAUGGGCUUUACAGGGGAAAUAAAUUAAGGAUAUCUGGAUGUUUUUUUGCUCUUUCGUCAUUCUGCCCAUUUUUCACAGCAGAUUCGUUGCAUCUUCCCGACACAAAUCGAUCGCCCCGCCCGUUUCAAACUGCUGCCCCGUUACUUGACAUCACCCCCGCAGCUGGAUUCAUCCCCUCUCCACAGCUAAACGUCCGUCAUUUGUAGGGCUUCCUUUGCCGCCACAAUAUACCGCAGACGUGUUCCGACGUUGCUUUUGGAGAAGGAUCGUUUGAAGUGCGAUGAAAACUGAAACCUGAAACUCAGAGUACCUGUAUGAAACUGUACAUUUUAACCUUGACCAUGCAAUAUACUGUAGUACACAACAAGUACUGCUGUACCCCAUACUACAGGACACACACUGUAUCUACCAAUCUGUCGGCUCUUUUGCAGUUUAUUUGUUAACACUGUCUGCAAAAGUAUGUUUGAAUGGCAACUCAGGUAACAAACAAUACUUAGGAGGGGGAUCUGUACAUGUACAUGUUGAGUUCUGGGUGACUUUCUGGGAUUAAUUAGUGCUCUGUACAACCGGUGUCUCACCCGCUGAUCUGAUGUCAGAAACGGAAAAUGAAACGAGCUUUACAAUAUGGGUCACAUCUUUUUGUAAUUAAAGCAAUGUAAUUGGGAAAACAGGAAGGAUUGCAGUAGCUCAAUGACCACCCUGUGUAACGAUUCAUCGAUACCCACUGGAGUACACAUGGGACCUUGGUAUGUCUUUAAAUUUUCCUGGUUCAAAAUGUUUGCACAACUGGCGACAACGUGCCUGGAGAGGUGUUACAACAAAAACAUGUGAGCUGAAUAUUUUCAAAUCAGGAAAAAAAAACAAAAUGUUUUCUCUCAGCUCCACAUCCUGUUGUUACAUGUCUGAUGUAUCUGAGGUGGGGGGGGGAGGAAUUAUCGAGAAGCGUCCUCGCCUCUGACGGGCCUUGUGUUGCCUGGUGGCACAGAGAAGUUACACCACAAACCUUUUUGAAGUUUUAACUACAGUCUCUGCUGCAGAGCCUUUAUCCACUCGUGUGAAUGCCUCCCUCCAAAAUGCCAAAACUCUGGUCACAGGAGAUGUCGAGAGAUGAAGUUUGACAGUCAUGCUGUGGUGAUUGGACUUGCACGCUUCUCUAACUGGACUGUGUGUUGAAAAAGAUUCAUUUAUCUCAAUACAUUUUCCGGCACCAACGAGCUGAUGAUUGAGUCUGGCUUUGUUGGCUUGCUUUGGUUUUUCUUUUCUUUUCAUUUUCCAUUUGAAAAAAAUUUUGACCAUGUACAGUAAUUUGUAAACUUGCAUCAAGUUUAUGAAUAAAGAAUUUUAAGAUUA